AUGGAUGGAGACAACCAGACUGGAACCUCCGACUUCCUGCUUGUUGGGCUCUCAGAGAAUCCUGAGCAUCAGAGACUCCUGUUUUGGAUGUUCCUGACCAUGUACCUGGUCACAGUGGUGGGAAAUGUGCUCAUCAUCCUGGCCAUCAGCUCUGACUCCCAUCUGCACAUGCCCAUGUACUUCUUCCUGGUCAACCACUCCUUCACCGACCUCUUCUUUGUCACCAACACAAUCCCCAAGAUGCUGGUGAACCUUCAGUCCCAGAACAAAGCCAUCUCCUAUGCAGGGUGCCUGACACAACUCUACUUCCUGGUCUCCUUGGUGGCCCUGGACAACCUCAUCCUGGCAGUGAUGGCCUAUGACCGCUAUGUGGCCAUCUGCCAUCCCCUCCACUACACCACAGCCAUGAGCCCUGGCCUCUGUAUCUUGCUCCUGGCCUUGUGUUGGGGCCUCUCUGUCCUCUAUGGCCUCAUUCACACACUCCUCAUGACCAGGGUGACCUUCUCUGGGUCCAAGAAGAUCCACUACAUCUUCUGUGAGAUGUAUGUCCUGUUGAGGCUUGCGUGUUCCAACACCCAGUUCAAUCACAUAGUGCUGAUUGCUACUGGCUGCUUCAUCUUCCUAACCCCCUUUGGGUUCAUGAUUAUGUCCUAUAUCCAGAUUAUCAAAGAUCUUCUCCAAAUACCCUCAGUCACUGGGAAGUACAAAGCUUUCUCCACUUGUGCUUGCCAUCUGGCUGUAGUCUCCCUCUUCUAUAGGGCACUUUGUAUGGUAUAUCUGCAGCCCCUCCACACGUACUCCAUGAAGGAUUCAAUGGCCACAGUGAUGUAUGCUGUGGUGGCGUCUAUGAUGAACCUUUUCAUCAACAGCCUAAGGAAAAAGGACAUGCAUGGGGCUCUCAGAAAACUCUUUCUUGGCAGUCUUUCAGAGGUUACCAUACGGGAAAUUUUUGAAAGACACUUUAAAUAG